UCUCCGACCUACACACCGCUAAAGCCGUCAAGGACGCUAGCGUCGAUAUUCUGUCUGCCGACGCCUGCUCCAGAACGCGAUAGACGAAAGAGACCGUGUCCAGAGGGGGAUGAAAAUGCAAGGAAACGAACAAAGGUGGAAGUGAAAGUCGAAGAAGAUGACGAGUGGGAAGUCGAGACGGACGUGGACAGCGAUGUUGAUAUGGAUGAUGAAACACCUGCUCGGUAUCGACGGCUGACUAGAAGGAGCGAGCCAUGGGUGACACACGGUGUCCAUCAAGCAGACAUACCAUCCUUUGUGUCUUCGCAUAAAUCGGAUACGUACAAAUGCUUGUCCAUUCUCCCUGAAUGUGACCUUACCCCUCCUUACGCGUGUCAAUACUCGCACGCGGCGAAACGAGGUGGCGCCCCACAUCUUGCCGUAGCAACCGAACAAGGUACAGUAUACAUCUUCGACACAUCUAAACGGCAAGACUGGGAAUACGAGCCCCAGCGCGCCACCCUCCAGCCGCACCACAACGGCGUCUUCGCUCUGAGUUGGUCCCCAAGCGACACCCUGCUCGCAACCUCCGCAGGAGACCACGUCACGCGCAUCAGCGACGUGGCCACCUGCAAAACACUUUAUACACUCCAAAAACACUCCGGGACAGUCAAAUGCAACGCCUGGGACCCCCGGCAAGAGCAGGUGCUGAGCACAGGCGGGCGGGACGGAAGGAUAUGUAUUUGGGAUCUGCGUAUCUCAGCGAGGACGAAGCAAAAGAUAUAUUUACCGGGGGAAAGUGGGUCCUUCCUGAAACCGGUCAUGGAGAUUAUGACCGCCCAUGGAGGCUCGAGUCUGAAGGAGACCGGGAAGAGGAAGGGCAAGAGCUCAGCCCAGCAGUCAGGCGUGAGGAGCGUCACCAACAUACUUUACCCAGAGGUGGACCCCUACGGGUUCGUCAGCAGUGGGUCGUUUGAUGGGAUUCUCCGCCACUGGGAUAUGCGCUGCCUAUCGUCCAAAAAAGGGUACGAAAUCUGCGGGACUUUCGACUCACCCUCCGACCCCACAACCUUCACGUCCUCGCGUCCCCGGGGGAUCGUCUCCCUCACGGCCGGGAGCGGGCCCACCGCCGGGCUCAUCUUCGCGCUGGGCAUCGACUCGAAGAUCCACACCUACACCCUGCCCUCGCUCGCGCCGCUCUCGUGCGGGGCGGGGCGCACGAAGAAGGGCUGGGCAUACGAGCACCCCAGUAUGCGGACGAACGACUUCUACGUCGGGGCGAGCGCGAGCCCGUGCGGGCGGUGGGUCGCAUGUGGGGGCACCAGUACCGACGGGCACGCGUUCCUGUUUGACGUGUCCGGGGCUGCUCGGCAUGCGGAUGCUAGAGAGAGCGGGCCCGGGCCAGAUGCGGCUGGCGUAGAACUGAGAGGCGCGCAGACUGGGAGUGUCGGUGCGCUAGACUGGGCUGCAGAUGCGACGCUAGCAACUUGUGCGGAUGACGGCACGGUCAGGGUGUGGAGGCCGGAUGCCGAGGUCUGGAGGAAUUGCGUGGAUGAUCCGGAGGAGGGGAAGUGGGACUGGAGUUGGGCCCAGCGAUAG